AUGCCGUCCCUCAACAACAACCAGCUCUCAAAAGACGAGGAAGCUUCGGGAACACUAUCUACCACAACGAUGGCAUCGCCCGAUCUAUUUCCAGAUACCCCUCCAUAUGAGAGCCAACAGACUCGAUCGCCGCUCCAUCUCCCCUCCGAGAUCAUCUCUCUCAUCCUCGCCCAUAUCCCCCGCACCCAGACCUCACAACCAACCCUCUGGGCCUUCACCCUCGUCUCGCGGUCCUUCUACGCCUGCACUAUCGCUACACUCUACCACCGUCCCUACAUAACACCCAACAACUUCAGCCUCUUCGUCCGCACCAUCUGCCCCUCCAAAAACGCCCACAUCAUCCCGACCCCCCUCUCCCCGCUCGUCCAGCGUCUCGACAUGGGCGCCCUAGUCCAUAACUCCAGCAAAUCACUCACAGCACGCCUGUUGGGGCGCCUAAAAGGCAACAUCCAGCAAUUCGUCGCACCACAAGCUUCAUUCGCGAUCAAUUCGUUCGCUGCGUUGGGAAAAUGCAGAGAGAUGCGACUACUAGAUCUAUCUCUCAUCUCAGCCAGCAUAUCCAACAAACUCCUGUUCCAAACUCUCUCCCACCUCCCCAAUCUCCACACUCUCUUCUUUCCGCGUUCCUCCGCUUCGGAUGCCCUCGAAACCAUCACAAAACCCUACACAUGGCCGCCGAAACUCAGCGCACUCCACCUCGCAGGCGGUAUAAAUGACAACUUCCUCUGGACGCAUAUGGUUACCUUACCCGAAAGUUUGCGCACACUCAGCAUCCAACACUGCUCAUCCAUCCACGCCCCCUCCAUCCUCCACGUCCUCUCCCUCCUCGGCCCACGCCUACAAAACCUCACCUUGCGGCACCCCCUCCCACACCUCUACCCCACCUCCCUCGACACACUUCUGCUUCUCUGUCCCUUUCUCCACGCGCUCCGCAUCUCCGCGGAUUUCAUCUCCCCCUCUCUCUUCAUCUCCCCAAACAUCCCGUCAGGCCAUCCUCUCAGAAUCCUAGAUCUGGAAUGCAGUCCCGACGCGAAUGCAGAUGUGGAUAUACCUCCUGGGGUGCUGUAUGAGGCUGUGGAGGAGGGGUUGUUGAGUGAUUUGAGGAGUGUGAGGGUUAGUGCUAGGCUGGCGUGGGGUGCGAGUGAGAAGACGAGGGGGGAUGUGAGGGAUUUGUUGGAGGUUAUGGAGGAAGGGGAGACGGAGAGGCCGGUGGGUGUUGAGGCUGAGGUAUUGUGGUGUAUGCCUGAUACUUGA